CGCGCGCACUGCUCCUGCGCACAGAGCCGCAGAUCCGCCUGUUCAGGCUCCUGGGACUCACGGAGCAACUGGAGAAGCCAGGACCAUUAGAGCUCAGGACGCAGCGCUUUGUGUGGGAUUAUUUCCUGUUUUGAGCUUCAGGACAGCGGGGAGACACGUCACGUUCAUCUUUUUCAUAGUUUACUUUGGGUUUUACUUUGAGUUUUACUUCGGCUCUUGUCCAGUAUCGCUCCAGUAUCGUUCACUGAUCCGCGUUUGUUUUUCUGCGCGUCACAAUGGAACUUUUCUUUAGUUUAUAACCAUGUUUGUACAGAAGGGCUAGUGUCCUCACACUGUUCUUUUCUUAGUUGGACUGAGUGGACACAUGAUGAUCAGCUCUGAGGGGCUCAGACCUUCGUCCAACGGACGGAAGCCGCUGGGGAAACUGGCGUCGCGGCUGGAGGAGGUGAAGAACCCGUGGAGACAAGGCUCGACUCUGGAGCUGAGCCACAAUGAAGCCGCGCGUCUGGCCACGGACGCUCUGCUGGAGCACGGGGAGAAGGAGUACCGCCGGGUCCUGUCCGAGGAGCGGGAGGUCACCUUCUUGUCCCCGUCAGAGAUCCGCUACAUCACGCAGCACGCGGCCAAAGCCUGUCUGGACUCCAACGGCACCGGCCCCAACGACCGGGACUUUGGGGACGGGGACGCGGUGUCUGAGCUCACCUCAGGGACAUAUUUCCCCAUGAUGUCAGACGAGGAGCCCCCCAUGCUGGAGCUGGGCUGGCCCGAGCCCCCCGCGCGGUAUGGACCGUCCGAGACACAGAUCUACUUCCAGAGAGACAAGUCCCACAAUGUGAAGGACCUGAUCAGGUCCCUCAUCAACAAGGCCAAGAAGGUCAUAGCUCUGGUGAUGGACGUCUUCACUGACGUGGACCUGCUGUGUGACCUCAUGGAGGCAUCAAACAAACGGAAGGUUCCAGUUUAUAUUCUGCUGGACGAGAAGAACCUGAGCUCCUUCACAGACAUGUGCUCUGCUCUGGACAUCCAGAACUCUCACCUGAGUCACAUGAGGAUCCGUAGUGUUUGUGGAGACACGUACUGCACCAAAAGUGGCAAGAAAUUCACAGGUCAAGUACUGGAGAAGUUCAUGAUCAUCGACUGUGAAGAGGUCAUCGCGGGGUCAUACAGUUUCACGUGGCUGUCGGCCCAGGUGCACAGUAACAUGGUGAUGCAUUUCUCCGGUCGAAUCACGGACAGUUUUGAUCGAGAGUUUCGUUGUCUUUACGCCGACUCUCAGGUCAUCGACUGUUUCUUCAACCCUGAGGACGAGGGUCUGCCCUACUACCCCUCGUACCAGGCCAUGAUGCCCGGCAUGGGCCUCAACUUGGGUCUGGGGCCGGUUAUGGGGCUGGACCUCCUCUCUGACAGCCGGCAAAGAGACAGGGGGUGCUCGGAGAAUUCCAGUAGUCAGUCGAGUAACAGCGUGUCCAGUGUGAAGGCGGCUCCAGGAAUGACCACAAACAACGUCUACAAAGUCACGCAAAGUCACGAAAAGAAGGAAUCAAACAGCAGCUCCCACAUGAGCCCAGAGAGGAGAGGAGGACAGACCCCGACCAACCAAACCUCCAUUUCCCCAGGAGCACGUGUCAACGGCGCAGCCAAUCACAGCCCGGUUUCAGAGCGGCCGUCGUCGAUGUAUCAGCCCAUGGGCAUCGAGUGGAAUAAGAACAGUCCUGUGGACAUGAUGCGCUCCAACAUCGGAGGAGCCUCGUCCAAAUUCCAGGCUCUAGGUUUGUACGACCACAAGCCCACGCUGUUCCACAACAGCGGAUACGGAUCCACCACUCCGAACACUAAUCUAAACUCAAAGACCCCCACCCCGACCCCCGCACCCACCUCUGACCCCAAACUUAACACCAAACAGCGCACCUCAUCCAACCAGUUCCUCAACAAACUGUCAGACCUGUUCCUGCCCUCCCCCUCCAGCAAAGAUAAAGACAGUUACGCCUACCGCAGGUCGCCCUCGCCCCUCGCCCCCUUACACUGGGGGGGCCCGGACCUGUCCCAGACUGAGCCUGAGAGCCAGCAGAGCCCCCCUCCCCCGCCCUCACCGGGCGUCCUCAUGAACCGCCAGGAUAUGAAACGUAUGACUCUGGGACACAGCAAACUGGACCUGGUCAAUCAGUACAACAAGAUGAAGUCCAGGAACGUGUACAGUCGAUUUGAGCUAAAGAGCAGCAACUGACGCACAACGGACGCACAACGGACGCACAACUGACGCACAACGGACGCACGACUGACCCACUUCUGACCCACAACUGACCCACAACUGACGCACAACUGACCCACGACUGACGCACAACGGACAUACAACUGACCCACACAUGGACACACACACAUGGACACACACACAUGGACACACACACAUGGACACACACACAUGGACACACACACACACAGACCAGCUGGUUCCACACACUCUGUGUCUCACUCUCUCUUCCACAGACCUGAUUCAGACUUUACAAACCUCACGUACAGUUGAACUUUAUGUUUACAGAAUCUGAUCUCACGUCUUCGGUUCAUAUGAGAGAAUCUGUAUUUUCACAGUUAAUAAGACACAAUUUUCACAUGCACCUGGUGAUUUUAUGAAUGUCCAGUAGUUUUAAAAGUUGGACUCGAGCUCAUUGUUUACAAGGAUCAUUAUGUGAUUAUGAAUCUGUGGUUGUGAUGUUUCCUGGGACAUGGUCUGUCCUGAGUCCACAGCCCGUUACACCCGACUGUUGUGUGAAAGUGUUAUUUGGGUUUGGGAUAAUCUGUGUCGUGCUGUGUGUAACUGUGAGUGUUAACGUGCCGCUCACAGUGGAAAGAGCAUCUUUAACUUGAACAUACCUUUACUUUAUCAUUUAUUUGACUGUAAGUAACACUCCAAGGAGAACUCUUCCUACAGCGGUGCCUUCUUUCCUCUGCCUUAAGACUCUGACCUCCCUCAGACACAGCACCUUGUACAUAAACCACACCCUGGUGCUCGUGCUUCCUGACAAAUGUAUGGAAGUUUUUGUAAAUAUGAAUAUGCCAAGCUCUUUAAGAGACUAUUUGAGAGAAGUGAGUUGAUAUUUGAAUUGUUUCUUACGAUGGGUUGUCGUGAUCGUGUACAGUUUUCUGUGGUGAUUUUACACUUUAAUAAAUCUGUAUCCUGCAGUGAAAUCAUAAUUGGCUUAUGCUAAAUAAGUAAAAUAUGCAAUGAUCAGUGAAAGUCGUGAGUGCAGGAGACACUGGAGACUCUGAGUGUCACUUUUAGAAGCACAACGACCGAUGAGCAAUAAACACAUUCUGUAGAUCCACGUGUUUGUCGACAGACAAAUGUGUAAAAAGUGCAUAUUGUACAUGACAAACUUUAUAGACUUUGGCACAUUUGGGUUUACACAACGUCAAAGAGCUUUUGUUUUGAUGCAAAUUCAUUCUUUAGUUGAAAAUGUGAAUGUAAAGUUUUCUGUAUAUAUGAUCUUACUUUUAGGAUGAAUUCAAAUGAU